AUGUCUUAUGAUCCAGCUAUACUAAAUUCAAAUAUGUACAGCUAUGAUUACUUUCAACAAGACGAUGUUUGUAGGCUUUGUUGGAACCGAAACGCUUUUACGAAAAUUAUAGAAAUAUCUUCAGAUAAUGAUUAUGAUGUGAUAAAAACUGAUAUAGUAGAGAAGAUUAUAGACUGUUUAGACAUAGAUUUAUCUCAUCACAUUCAUCCUAACAAGGCAUGCGAUGAAUGUUUCAACCAAAUAAAUAAGUUUCAUUGUUUCAAAAAGUUUUGCCAGGAAACCGAUAAAAACUUACGCGCAAUAUUAAACGAGGGUCCCAAAACCGUUCCUAGCAUUGAUAUAAUAAAACUCGAAGACGAUGAAGUAAAAACUAAAUCCAUUGACGAUUUAUUUGACGAUAACCAUUCAGAGGAACAAUGUGAGUACGAAAUUAAACGUAAAACUAAAAUAAGGAGAGGGAAAUACAAACGGAAAAGAACUCCGACAUACUGUAACAUGUGCAUGACGGACUUCGAAAACGUAGAACAGUUUAAAAGCCAUAAUCUACAACUUCAUGGCAUAGAAAGUGACGGUACAUAUAAAUGUUUCGGUUGUAAUAAGAAAUUUAAAAAUCGUAAAGCGAGGUUUUCACACGAGACUUAUUUCUGUAAAGGUCUUAAAGAUGGGUAUAAAUGUAGUAUUUGUGAUAGAUAUAUUCCUAAACGUGGUAUGUUUGAAGCUCACCUGCGUGAUCACAGACAGAAUGUACCUAUAAAGCUUCCGGAAGAGUUGUUCAAGUGUCAGAAAUGUGAAAAAUUGUUUCGAACGAUGGAGAAUCUCAAGGUGCAUGUGGAGUCUGAACACGAUGUUGAUAAAAAAAUGUAUGUUUGUGAAAGCUGCGGCCGUGUCUUCAACAGGAAGGACUAUCUGAAUAAGCACAAGUUGACACACACGGGAGAAAAGCAACAUGUGUGUCCCCACUGCGGGUUCAGAACUGGACAACGUUCGUCCCUUACUGUACAUAUUAGGAAGCACACGGGUGAGAGGCCGUAUCGCUGUAGCGUGUGUCCGCAGCGCUGCGUGUCAAGCUCCAACCUUAGAGUCCACCAGGCGAGACAUUUGGGGGUGAAGGUGCACGAGUGUCAAAUAUGCAACAAGAAGUUCGGCUACAAGAUAAGUCUCCGAGAGCACAUGUCGAGUCACGCGCCUGCGCAGGCGCACGCGUGCGGCCGCUGCGGCGCGAGCUACGCGCAGCCGCGCGGCCUGCGCAGGCACGUGGCCGCCAAGCACGCACAGGACGCGUAAUUUACAUGUUCAUGUUCAAUAAAGUGACUUGUUACAUU